UUUCCUCCGGAUCCCGUAUAUCCCCAACACAUACCUCCACGCACACACAUCCCCAAGAACCUCGCGCUCACACCAACAUACACACGCGCGCACACACUCGCGCUCGCCUGUCCACCUCCCUCCCGGGAGAGCCGGCGCGCGUUCCCACCUUCGCGGCGCACUCUAGCCAGCGGAGCUCGCCGCGCUCUAGGAUUCUGCGGCUCGCGGCUCAGAUCGCAGCUCUGAACCCCUAUGGUCAUUUUAAAAACAUUUUUCCUUUUCCGCUUUCUCUUUUUUUAAUUGCACCGUUUUCGAUCUGAGAGGAUAGCGAAGCAAGGCGGCUGCUUCCCCAGCCAGCCCUGGUUGGCUUGCCAUCCUCCAUCUGGCUUAUAAAAGUUUGCUGAGCGCAGUCCAGAGGGCUGCGCUGCUCGUCCCCUCGGCUGGCGGAAGGGGGUGACGCUGGGCAGCGGCAAGGAGCGCGCCGCUGGCUCUGGCGGGCUUUCGGCUUGAGGGGCAAGGUGAAGAGCGCACGGGCCCUGGGGUUUACCGAGCUGGAUUUGCAUGUUGCACCAUGCCUUCUUGGAUCGGGGCUGUGAUUCUUCCCCUUUCGGGGCUGCUGCUGUCCCUCCCUGCCCGGGCGGAUGUGAAAGCUCGGAGCUGCGGCGAGGUCCGGCAGGCGUACGGUGCCAAGGGAUUCAGCCUGGCGGACAUCCCCUACCAGGAGAUCGCAGGGGAGCACUUAAGAAUCUGUCCUCAGGAAUAUACGUGCUGCACCACAGAAAUGGAAGACAAGCUGAGCCAACAGAGCAAACUAGAAUUUGAGAACCUUGUGGAAGAGACCAGCCAUUUUGUGCGGACCACUUUUGUGUCAAGGCACAAGAAGUUUGAUGAAUUUUUCAGAGAGCUUCUAGAAAACGCAGAGAAGUCCCUCAAUGACAUGUUUGUCCGGACCUACGGGAUGCUCUACAUGCAGAACUCGGAGGUGUUCCAGGACCUCUUCACAGAGCUGAAGCGGUACUACACCGGGGGCAACGUGAACCUCGAGGAGAUGCUUAAUGACUUCUGGGCUCGGCUCCUAGAACGAAUGUUCCAGCUGAUAAACCCUCAGUAUCACUUCAGCGAGGACUACCUGGAGUGCGUGAGCAAAUACACCGACCAGCUGAAGCCAUUUGGAGACGUGCCGCGGAAGCUCAAGAUCCAGGUCACCCGCGCCUUCAUCGCUGCGCGCACCUUCGUCCAGGGGCUGACCGUGGGCAGAGAGGUUGCCAACCGAGUCUCCAAGGUCAGCCCCACCCCCGGGUGCAUCCGCGCUCUUAUGAAGAUGCUGUACUGCCCGUACUGUCGAGGCCUUCCGGCCGUGAGACCCUGCAACAACUACUGCCUCAACGUCAUGAAAGGGUGCUUGGCGAAUCAGGCCGAUCUGGACACGGAGUGGAAUCUGUUUAUAGAUGCAAUGCUCUUGGUGGCAGAGCGACUGGAAGGGCCAUUCAACAUUGAGUCCGUCAUGGACCCCAUAGAUGUCAAGAUUUCUGAAGCCAUUAUGAACAUGCAGGAGAACAGCAUGCAGGUGUCUGCAAAGGUCUUUCAGGGAUGUGGCCAGCCCAAACCUGCUCCAGCUCUCAGAUCUGCCAGAUCAGCUCCUGAAAACUUUAAUACACGUUUUAGACCCUACAAUCCUGAGGAAAGACCCACCACUGCUGCAGGCACAAGUUUGGACCGGCUGGUCACAGACAUAAAAGAGAAAUUGAAGCUCUCUAAAAAGGUCUGGUCGGCAUUACCCUACGCCAUCUGCAAGGACGAGCGCGUGACGGCGGGCACUUCCAACGAGGAGGAGUGCUGGAACGGCCACAGCAAAGCCAGAUACUUGCCUGAGAUCAUGAAUGAUGGACUGACCAACCAGAUCAACAACCCCGAGGUGGAUGUGGACAUCACACGGCCUGACACCUUCAUCAGACAGCAGAUCAUGGCUCUCCGUGUGAUGACCAACAAAUUGAAGAAUGCCUACAAUGGCAAUGAUGUCAACUUCCAGGAUACCAGUGAUGAAUCCAGCGGCUCAGGGAGUGGCAGUGGGUGCAUGGAUGAUGUGUGUCCCACCGAGUUUGAGUUUGUCACCACGGAGGCCCCUGCAGUUGACCCUGACAGGAGAGAAGAGGACUCUUCUGCAGCCCAGCUUGGCCACUCCCUGCUCUCAUGGUCACUGGUCUGCAUGGUCUUGGCACUGCAGAGACUGUGCAGAUAAUCCUGGGUUUUGGUCAGAUGAAACUGCAUUUUAGCUAACUGAGUGGCCAACUCCCCUCUUUUCUUACACUCUUGGACAAUGGACCAUGCCACAAAAACUUACCGUUUUCUAUGAGAAGAGAGCAGUACUGAGAUCUGCCUCCCUUUUUUGUUUUCCCAAAGAGUACCGGGUGCCAGAUGAACUGCUUCCUCUUUUCAGCUAUCUGUGGGGACUUUGUUUAUUCCAGAGAGAAUUCUUACUCAAAUCUUUCGUACCAGGAGAUUUUCUUACCUUCAUUUGCUUUUAUGCUGCAGAAGUAAAGGAAUCUCACGUUGUGAGUUUUUUUCCCCAUUUAAAAAAUUAAAAGGUAGGAAGAAAAUAAUUUUCCUUUUCUAAAAUCAGGCCAAACCCCAAGACAACUGCAUUUUCAACAAAGAAGCAAUGAGAGAACAAAAUAAAGGAACUGUAAUGCUAUAGGUUCUGCAUUGACAGUCAACUCCUAAGCUUUUCUGUAACAAUUCAGGUUUACAAAAUGCUUAUGGGGAGAAAGCUUGAAAUCUUUAAAAAUGUAGUAAAAACACACUGUUGUCUUGGAGGUGCCGUCUUGCACUCUAACCACAAAUGCCAAAUUGAUUUGGAGGUACUGAUAUUAAAUUUAGAAUUCCAUCUUUAAUAUGAGAACAAAACUUACUCCAACUCAGCACCUCUCUCUCAACCUGCCCAACUUCAACUUCAGUAACAGCAACAUUUUUCUUAACCAUCUCAAUGUCUGUCCAUUGUAUCCAAUUGGCACAGAUUUUUCCUUCAUCUUCAGUUACAAGUGUACACCCCCAUCAAAUCAUCCCCCCUCCAACGUCUCAAGUGAAAAUCAUCUUCGGUGAUACAAUCUCUGCUUUUGCCACAGGUUUGACAUGAAUUUAGAUGUUUCCGCCCUGUGUUCAUUACCGUCCUGAAAUAAGAUUUUGUUUUUUGUUUGUUUGUUUGUUUUACUGAAUUGAUAAACAGUUAGAUCCAUAGAUAAGUUUUCAUUUUUGACUAUUUGCUUUGUGUCAAUUGGUUUCUGCAUCACAAGGGCAUUCUCUUACAAAAUAACUCACAACAACAAAAAAUUUCCAGACAAAAAAGAAACUAUAUAUAUAGUAUUGACAUGGAGAUUUCUUUCACUUUUUUAGUCUUAGUAUGAUCAUCUAUUUUUAUAUCUAUAUAUAUAUAAAUCACAGAUUUUAACUUCUUAAUUCCAAGCUCAGGGUUGACACACCUUUGUAAAAAAAAAAAAAAAUGUUUUGUCAACCAGCUCUUCUUGUUUUGUGCUGCUCAGAGAAGGGAUCCCUCAAUGACCUGUGAGCACCAAGAAUCAAGAAAGAGAACUUUUUACGUAUCUAACUGUCCAUCUAUUAAAAGUUUGCCAGGGCACAUCCUUUCCGUGUGAGCCUGCUUUGUCCCCAGUGCUCCAGACUGUGCUGAGCUCCUGGGACAAGCCAUGGGUGUGCAGACGUUACUGGUAAGGGAAACCGUGUGUGUAAAGAAUGUUAUUCACAAAAAAACACAUUGCUUUCAUGUGCAACACCUUCGGCCUAGGAUUCCUGCUUGGCACUUGGAUGAAUGACCUAAGCUCAAGAGUUUAGAGUCACAGGUUGCCCUGUUUGCCAAGUAUGCCAAAGUCAGGCCCCAUGUUCCCCCUGGCAGAGAGAAGCAAAACAAACCAAACCGGGGCUUUAUGAAGACUGUUGGCUGUCCAUGUGUUUCUUGGUUUUUACGAUGCAUCUGGAAUAGGGAAAAGUAAUAUGUCAAGAUCCCAUAGUAUGCCAGUUGCAUUUUAACUAACUCAUUGACAGUAUUGACACGUAAACAGUAUUUUUUGAUCUCUGUUCUCAUCAAACUUAAAAUUAGUUAUUGAUUUAGUCAUCACAUUUAAGUAGAACACAUGCGGCACAAGAGUAUUAAGUAUAUUUGAGCACUUUUGCAAAACACAAAGUAUUUACAAGCUUCUGUUGCCACUAUAUGCCUAACAAAAUAUGAAAUGUAGGAAUCUGAGAGACUUUGUGGCAUCUUUCCUUUAAAUCUUGGUGAAAUUAACACUAAAUCUAAUUCAGCAUUACACACUUCUGGAAAGCCAUCCAUUUCACGGCCAACCUUCAGCUCCCUGUCACCAGUUACACAUACCACAUCUCUGGGAAGGACCAAUUGUGUAUUUACUCAUUUCAUUGUGUGUUCAGAAAUCGGAACUGGUUUUCUCCAAUAAUAAAGGUGCAAUACAAAAUUCAAUCAACCUUGAUUUUUCCAGAAUAUUUGAGUAAUAACUUGUUUUUAUGGCUUUAAACUCCAAGUCUUUCUUUUCAAAAUAUUUCUGCAUUAGCUUCUAUGAAAUAGAUCAGGAUGUCUUGUUUUUCCCUGUGCUUUCUCGCCCAACCAGUUUUGUGCAUGUGUUUGAAUACACAUUAUAUGAAUGAAUGUGAACCUAUGUUCUAUACGCACUAAACACACAGAUAAUAUAUAAAUGCCUGCUUCAUUUGUUUCAACAUCUUCAUUAUCAAUGUUAUUCCUAUUGAUGAGAUAUAGUGAUGCUUAUGAGCCAGGCAGAGAACUGAAAUGACUCUCAGUUAAUGAUGUCACAGUUUAAGUCACCGUGCAUGGAUGUGGGUAAAAUAUUACGGAACUGCACUUCCUGGUUUUGAUCAUCGUGCUACUAUGUCAUGUGCUUUUCAGACUCAUUGAACCUGAGAAUUUUCUUCAGUCCCUAAGGGAUCUAGCUUAAUCUAGGUAUCCCUUUCCAGUAAGCAUUUUGGAAUCCCCCUCCCAAAUGAAUUUUUCUUGUUUCAGCGCAGUGAUAGGGGAUGCGAUGAUGCUCCAUUAUCUUUCAUGGCCUGCCUUCUUUUGUUCUGACAUCCCCUCAAUCCUGUAAUCACAUCAUAACUUCUGUUAUGAGUAGAGAGGAAUGGGCUCGCUGUAAUCGGACACUAGAAAUUGGUGGGUGAUGCUCAUAACUGCAAACACUUAGCUUAUCGAAGUGCCUCUAUUUACAUGUUCUUUAGUUAUAAUAUGUAUUUUUCUAACAGAAAUACACGUCUGUAAUUGAUGUAUAUUAUACUUUAUAUGUUACAACAAAAGCUAAACGGAGGCUAAAGUCUUUAGCAGAGAAGAAUGAAUUGCAAAUUUGCCAUCAAGAGCUCUGCUUGUGGUUCUGUAUUGAAGGGCAGCAUGACAGUCUCCUGUCAUUUUAAUGAAGGUCAAGCUGGCACUUUGAUUAUAGCCAUCACAGAAUGUUAGCACUAGAAAUCUUACUCCCUUAUAGUGAUUUGCCCAGAUGGAUAAGUAACUCACAUCACCUUGCUUCAAAUGUAAGGGACAGAAAAUCCUAUUUUGUCUACACUGAGAAACACUAUUAUUCAUUAAUAAGCAGUAGUAAUUCAAAAAGUAACAUUCGUCAAAUCACAUUGGAAAUAUUAUUGGAUGCAGAACCCUGAUAUUUAAUUUAUAUUCCCUGCUGCAGACAUUAGCCUACUCUCAUUCUUUUGCCAUUACAUACAUGUUUUGGCUAUGGACCAAACACCAACUAAAGUCACCAACGAAAGUCCCCGAGGAGGAGUUAAACAGCAAAUUCCUGAGUUGUGAUUCUUUCAUUACUUCUUUGCAAAGCUAAUUAUCAUGUGGUUUGGUUAAAGAUAGAAAUGUUCAAAAAUGCAAGUUUUGACUUCUCCAAAACUUGCAAAAAUUCAAACUCAUUUUCAUUGACUUACAGUCACUAACAGAUCUGACUUUUAAUUAAAAAGAAGAAAAAAAGAAGAAGGAGAAAAAACAGCUUAGCUUUGCCAACAGAAGAGUAAAGGAGACUAUAACUUAUAAAUUUGUAAUGUGUUCCUCCUCGGUGGAGACAUUAGCCAGUGUUUAGUCUUAGGCCAACUUAAUACAAAUAGAGUAUUGAUUUGUACGCAUUCUAGAGACUUGCUAUAUCAUGGUUUGCUACGGCACAGACUCAGCUUGGCAUGGGAACAUUUGGAGCUUCAUUGAAAGUUGAGUAGUUACUGGAAUCUUUGACAUUGCCUUGCAAAGAGCUAUUUCCAUGAGAAAACACCCAAGGACAGCAUAGUAGUGAGGUCUCUGUGUGCAUAUACGGAAUAUAUGUGCAGGAUAAAUGUGUGCGCCAAUCAAACCUAAAAUUUUAUGUGACUGUCAAAUGACUAUUAUUUGGGUUAAGAUUUUUCAUUUCUGAUUUGGAUAGAAAAUUGCUAUUAAUCUUGUAUUAAAAUAGUUUUUA